CUCAUCAUCGUCGAUACUCCCCUUCACUACUAAACUCAACGUCAAUCCCGUCGAGGGCAGUAGAAUUGAAAGAUACGUAUAGCUACAGUACCUGUCCCCCAUGAGAUCCCUACUUGCGCCGGAUUGUUGGCUGCCACUGUAGCCAAAGCAGCCACUUUGGAGCAAUGGUGGAACAUCACUUGGACCACCGCCAAUCCUGAUGGACUGCAAGAACGUCGAGUCAUAGGUGUUAACGGAACAUGGCCCCCCCCUCCUCUCAUCGGAACCCAGGGUGAUGUCUUCCUUAUUCACGCCACCAAUGGUCUCGGUGAUGGAAGUGGUACUUCCCUUCACUCCCAUGGUAUGUUCUUCAACGGUACAAAUUAUUACGAUGGUGCCGUUGGAAUCACUCAAUGCUCGAUUCCACCUGGAGAAACCCUCGACUACCAUAUUGACACCAAACUACAGACCGGUACAUAUUGGAUUCAUGGACAUUAUCUAGGUCAAUAUGUCGACGGUUUGAGAUCUCCGGUCAUCAUUCACCCUGUCAACAAGACAGGUCGAAGCGAUGAUGUAUCUUGGGACGACGAAUACACCAUUGUUGUCUCUGAUUGGUACCAUGACGAACACGCUGUUCUCUUGAAUCAAUUCAUGAAUUGGAAGAACCCUACCGGUGCCGAACCAGUUCCCAACUCUGCGGUCAUUUAUGUUUUACACAACAAUACUUACUACCCUGACGCGGCGAGUAUCAACAACGGUCAAGCGACAUCUGACAAUGCCUCUAUCGAAUUUGUACCUGGUCGAAAGUAUAGAAUUCGAGUGAUUAACAUGUCCGCUCUUGCCAUGUUCUAUCUCUCUAUGAACGGUCACGAAAUGAGCAUCAUCGAGAUGGAUGGUGUCGAGAUGCAGCCUUAUCCCAUCGACAUGCUCACCGCCGCUGUGGCCCAGCGUUACUCGGUCCUCGUGGAGGCUAAGAACGAAACCAGCGCCAAUUAUGCCAUCGACGUGAUGCAAGAUCCAGCCAUGUAUGACACGGUACCCGACGAUUUGGUACUGAACAACACCCUACAAAUUAUCUACGCUACCGCCAAUCCCCCUGCAGAGGGUAGCAUAUAUGAAGAAUUCCCAAUGUUUAAUGACACGGAGCUCGCACCUGUUCUCGAGAAGGCUAUGGCUCCUGCCGAUAUCGAAUACGUGUUGAACGUUUUCUUCGAUACAUAUGACGAUGGUACCAACCGCGCGUCAUUCAACAAUGUCACUUUCCAAGAGCCGCCCACCGCUUCCAUCUUCACAGCGUUGACAAUGGGAAACGAUUCCUUCUUAUCUAGCGUAUACGGCAAGCAAACAAACGCUUACGCUUAUCCUCACAUGGCCAACAUCCAAUUGACGGUGUACAACUGGGAUGCUGGUUUCCACCCUUUCCACUUGCACGGUCACGAAUUCCAAGUCGUCUCAAAGAGUUUCGACGUUACUUCAAACGACACCACAGUCAAUCCUGAACUUGUGGAAGGUCAAUCGAACCCUUCUAGAAGAGACACCAUCACUAUUCCACCUACCGGUAGAGUCGUCCUCCGAUGGAGAGCUGAUAACCCCGGCGCUUGGUUCUUCCACUGUCAUAUCGAUUGGCAUUUGUCUUCCGGUCUCGCAGCAGUAUUCAUCGAAGCUCCCGAAGCGUUCCAGGGUAACGUACCCGGUGUAGCCAACACUACCAUUCCUCAAGUCUUCUACGAUCAAUGUAAAUACUUCGACUUACCUACUUCAGGCAAUGUGGUCGGCAAAUUCUCCACCAGUGAUUUCAAGGGUGAACCUUCUGGACCAUUCCCUCUUAAGAUGGGCUGGACGCCUAAAGCUAUCGGUGCUCUCGCAGGUUGUAUCAUCACCUUCCUCAUCGGUGUGGCCACCAUCAUCUGGUACGGCUGGGGAACUCUCGAAGAGGAGGACGUGGAAGAGGAGAUCCGACGAAAGGUCGCUCUUAAACAAGCACAGGGAAGUAAAGGUUUCCUUUCCCGUUUCUCCCGUAAGUGAGGUAUCAGAACGUAGGAGUAUAAUCAUCUGGGUUUCGAGGAGAUUUGUGUCAUGGGAACGAACGUUGAUGUGGUGUGUGUGAAUCUAGCCAAGGGGCAGUGUUGGAUCUUGGUAGAUGAGGGAAAUGCAAGUAUGAUUCAGGUUGGUUUUCUCAUGAAAGCUUUUUCUUUUCGUUCUUCACGCGUCAUGUGAAUAAAGAAUGGGUUUCGUGCUCUUAAAGCUCCACUUUCGGUACGAGAUGACGAUGAAUGGGCUGGUCUUGACGUCAUGA